CCGGCGCGCGUGUAUGACAUCAUCAUUCCGCGUCCACUACGGGUUUUCAGUCGGGUUUUGUAAUUUUGAUUAUUUUCCGGUACCGUCCUCAACCAGAACUCAGAAUGAAGUGCGAAGUGGACGAACUCAUGCCGAGGCUGCUUCCGGUCGGUGACCCAGUGUGUCCGGACGAACUGCUGCCGAACGGAGCUCCCAGAACACCGCAGGAGUACCUGAGACGAGUCCAGUUAGAGGCGGCGUCGUGUCCGGAGGUGGUGGUGGCUCACAUCGACCCCAAGAAACUGAAAAAGAAGCAGACUGUCAACGCAUCAGUUGCUGGUUGCUGUGCAGCUCCACCGGGUUUCUCCCCGAGUCUCAGAUGGCAACAGCAGCAAGUGUGCAACUUCUCACAUAUCAGACAGAGUAUCAACAGGAAGAGAAAGCACUGGAGCCAACAGACUCUGGACUCAAAUGUCCUGAUGCCAAAGACGAUGGAUGAGGGCGGCUGGAAGAGGUUUUGUUUGGGAGAGAACGUGUGUCUGGACUCUGUAUCCCUUAGAACAGAACCAGAUCCAGCAGUGGACUACAACAAGAUGGGCUUCCCUCCCCUCCUGAGCAUCGUCAGCAGACUGAACCAGUCCACAGUUCUGUCUGUGAUGGAAACCCUCAUCAACUGGUUUGAGGACAGAGACUUUCUCCCACAGCUGGGCCGCUGGCUUUUUGCCUUGUUGGCGUGUUUGGAGAAGCCGCUGCUGCCUGAAGCUCAUUCACUCAUCAGACAGCUGGCCAGAAGGUGUGCCUUGCUCCGCAGCACGCUGGAUCGUGAGGACGACGCCAGGCUGCCUGCCCUCAACCUCCUCAUUUGUCUGGUUGCCAGGUACUUUGAGCAGAAUGAUUUGGCCGACCAGCAAGAGCCAACACCAAACCGGCUCCCCGUGUAGAACCAGGCCAUUGUGGUUCUGUUCAGGAGCAAGGAACUGGAUCAAGAACACAACCUUCAAAUUUUGAAAUUCAUUUACCUGAAGGACAUACAGAUUGGAACCAGUCAGCAGGGGGAGCA